AACAGCCCAAAAUCUAAUCUUAAGAAAAUGGAAAAACAGUAGCUCUACUUAACAAAGCAAAAUCAGUUCCUUUAAACCCAUCACCCAAAAUACUUUUCUUUUCCCACAGGCUUUCAGGAUCUGAGAUUCUUCACAUAAGAUAUCGGAUUGGUUUUCUCUGACUUAAGGAUACAUUUCGUUGUAUUGGUUUGUGCUAUUUCUUGCCAUAAAUUUUCUGCUUGUUGGUUUUCUGAUUGAAAAGGGUUAUGGCGAAUCUAAAUGCAUCAACGUCCUUAGUUCCUUCAGAAUCCUCAGAACAAAGGGGAUCUGUUGUGGUGGAUUCAAAUGUGAAUGUGCUUCCACCUCCUAUGAACCAGCAAAAGCGAACCUCCUCAGACGGUUCCGUGGCUAUCCUUUGGGAUAUAGAGAACUGCCCUGUCCCAAGCGAUGUCCGUCCUGAAGAUGUAGCGGGGAAUAUAAGAAUGGCUUUGCGAGUGCAUCCUGUUAUCAAAGGAGCUGUUAUGAUGUUCUCUGCGUAUGGAGAUUUUAAUGCCUUCCCAAGGAGACUGAGAGAGGGCUGUCAGAGAACUGGUGUGAAACUCAUAGAUGUACCAAAUGGAAGGAAAGAUGCUGCUGACAAGGCUAUCUUGGUUGACAUGUUUUUAUUUGCUCUUGAUAACCCUCCACCUUCAUCUAUCAUGUUGAUUUCGGGGGAUGUUGAUUUUGCUCCGGCUCUUCACAUACUCGGUCAACGUGGCUAUAUAGUCAUUCUUGUCAUUCCUGCUGGGGUAGGUGUUUCAUCUGCGUUGUGCAGUGCUGGUAAAUUUGUUUGGGAUUGGCCUAGUGUUGCUCGUGGGGAAGGGUUUGUACCUCCCUCGAAGGCCUUAAUGCCUCCUCGAGGAGGACCGGUUGAUAUUGCUAGGUGUUUCAUGGGGUGCCAUAUUAGUGACAAUCCUGAUGGCCAAAAUGAGGAAGAGGCAAUAGUUUAUAAAGGUGCUUCACAAAGCUGUUACAACCCAAGAGAUUUCUCGAUGGUGUCACGAUCUUUAGCUGAAUAUACAAGUAAUCCUUCAGUUUGCGUACCUUCUUACCCUGCAACUUUUAGGUCGCAGAGUCUCCCAUGUGGUUUGAAUGAAGCUUCAGGGUGUCCCGGUUAUUAUGAUCAGAACGAUACAAUGUGGGUUCAGCCUGGAGACAUAAAUGGUUUGAAAGGACAACUAGUGAAAUUGCUUGAACUUUCAGGAGGAUGCAUGCCUCUUACCCGUGUUCCUGCUGAGUAUCAAAAGAUUUUCGGAAGACCUCUUUAUGUGGCCGAGUACGGAGCACUCAAACUUGUUAAUCUUUUCAAAAAGAUGGGUGACACAUUGGCAAUUGACGGAAAAGGUCAUAAGAAAUUCGUUUACCUUAGAAACUGGAAAGCAAACCCGAGUGCACCUCCUUUGGUUCUAACAAGGAAAGACAAGAAAGGGAAGGGUAUUCACGAGGAAAUCACAGAUGUCACUGCAGGUGCUGGCUCAUCUGACGAGUUCUCCGAUGAGGAAAGAGUGGUAGUUGACGAACGGGAUCAGAGGAAGACUGACGAUAAUCUUGAGCAAUUCAAAUACGAGUUGCAGGAAAUUCUUGUGAGUUAUUCCUGCAGGAUUUUCUUGGGUUGUUUCGAAGAAAUAUAUCAGCAACGGUAUAAGAAGACAUUGGACUAUAGAAAGCUCAGUGUGGAGAAGCUAGAGGAGUUGUUUGACAAGGUGAGAGAUGUUGUAGUCUUGCAUGAAGAACCAGUAAGCAAAAGGAAAUUUCUCUGUGCAGUAGGUAGCUAGAAGAAGAUCCAACAGAUUCGUGCCUGUAAACUCGAAUAAGACCGACAGUUGAGGUAUGUUGAUCACUGCUUGGACUCUGAUCUGUCUCUAGUGUUUUUUUUUUUCUAAGGUUUCAUAAGUGAUUAGAUAGGAUAGGAGAGGUGCAAUUCAUGCAUGGAUUUGUGAGGCUCAUGGAUUGUCAUUGUAACUGAUCAAACCACUACAUGUGGAACUCUGUUGUAAAUUAAAAUCCCAGCAAUAAAUCUUUUGUUCUUUUCUGGACUUCUAA